UGCUUUGCGCUUCUUUACAACUCAGCAGUCAGCACGUCUGCCCGCCCAGUUGUCAUGGCUGCCUCCGCUGUGAAGCUGGUUCGUAGCCUGUGCUGGCGCCGUAUCUGCGAGAUAAGAUCUGUGCAAGAGAAGGGAGCAGCAGCCAAGCUUUACCUGGUGCGUCUUUCCACUGGUUCACACUGAAGGAAGAAACCAACCAACUCCAGCUGCUAACCUGCUUUUAACUGACUGCUAACCCGCUGCAGCCUACUUGACUGACGUUACUACUAACCUGCUGUGGUGCGUGCUAGCAGGCAAGUGAAUCCUGUUUCCAUUCCAUCAGUUCACCUGCACAUGACUGCAGCCGCCAUGCAAGUUGCCCAGAAAGAGUUUGAGAAGGCUCAAGAGCAACUGAAACUGUUGAAAAAUGAUCCUGGGAAUGAAGCGAAGCUGAAGCUCUAUGCUUUGUUUAAACAGGCUACUGAGGGUCCCUGCAAUUCUCCAAAGCCAGGUAUGCUGGACUUUGUCAAGAAAGCCAAAUGGGAUGCAUGGAAUUCUCUUGGCAAUUUGUCUCAGGACAACGCUAGACAAGAAUAUGCUAAACUUGUCUCAAGUUUGGUCUCGGCAGAAUCUGCUGUCCAGAAAAAAGCUGCUUCUCCAGAAGAGGGCGGUGAUGGUCGCUAUGAAACCUUAAUAGUUACCACCGAGAACAAAAUUACAAAGAUAAUGUUUAACCGACCUGACAAGAAAAAUGCUAUCAGUCAUAAGAUGUACAGAGAAAUUAUCAAUGCACUUCAAGAAGCUGCCAAAAAUGAUUGUACCUUUGCAGUUAUUACUGGAAAUGGAGAAUACUAUACAAGUGGAAAUGAUCUGAAUAAUUUUUCUAAUAUCCAACCCAGUGAAAUGAAAAAGGCGGCAAAAGAUGGAGCAGAAUUACUCAAAGAGUUUGUGGGCAGUUUUAUCGAUUUCCCUAAACCAUUGGUUGCGGUGGUGAACGGCCCAGCUAUUGGAAUCUCUGUAACGCUCCUUGGAUUGUUUGAUUUAGUUUACGCUUCUGACAAGGCUACAUUUCACACCCCGUUUAGCCAACUCGGUCAGAGUCCAGAAGGAUGUGCCUCUUAUGUGUUUCCAAAAAUCAUGGGUGCAGCCAAGGCAAGCGAGAUGUUGCUUUUCAACAAAAAGCUGACUGCAGCCGAAGCCUGUGCUCUGGGACUCGUGAAUGAAGUUUUCCCUGACAGUACCUUCCAGAAGGAAGUCUGGGCAAGGCUAAAAGCUUAUGCAAGUCUACCCAAAAAUUCUUUGGCACUGUCAAAGCAACUGGUACGAAGUACGGAAAAGGAGAAGCUCCAUGCUGUCAACAGUCGAGAGUGUGAAUUACUCACAGAGAGGUGGUUAUCUGAUGAAUGCCUAAAUGCUCUUGUCUCCUUCUUUCAGAGGAAAUCAAAAAUGUAAUCUUUAUCAGCAGAGCAGUUAAUGUUCUGGAAACAGCAUUUCACCAAUUCACCUUCUGGCAAUAGUUUUGUCUGCCCCUAUCCUUAGUAAGCUUUCUCUGCAAAUAAUCGUUCUUUUACCUUUUGAUGCACUAUGUUUCUAUACAGAGUACUGGGUUAAAACUGUUCCAUGAAAUCAAUGCUGUUAUGUGCCUUGGAUCCAUUAUGGAUAUUUAGAUUAGGGGAAAAGGUUCAUAAUCCUGUAGGUGUUUCUGAAUAAUACUAAAGUAGAUUGUCACUUGAAAGAAGCAGCAGAUUCAAUAGCACUGUAUUUUGACAGCUUUUCAAUGUCUUAUGAGUGAUUUUAUAUUUUCUUCUUUUCAUCUGUGGGGGAGAAAAUCCUGUAUUAAUGAAAAAUAAAUAUAACUAUUUAAUUAAUCUUGUGCUGAUUAUUACUACCACUAAUAAAACAUCCUCAGGGAGAGGGGAAGUAAUUCCUGGAAGUAUAUUAAUGAAAUACUCUUAUUACAAAAGUAUUUACUUGUGAGAACAUGAAAUAAAUCUGGCAGGAACUGUGGGCAUCUUCA